AGUGAUCAUAUUGAACAAUGCAAAUCAACAAUUUGGCCACAUAUAAAUUCAUGUCAUCUCUAUCCAUAUACAUAAUCAUGAUGAGUUGUUGUUGUCAAUUAUCACAAAGUAUCGAUUUGAAUGGAUUGAAAAGUAGCGUUGGAAAAAUAGCAGAUUAUGAGAAGAAAUUAGGACAAGGUAUUCAAUUAGCAAAUACUUACUUAGGAUCAAAUAAUCUGCCUAAAUUAAGCAGACGUCAACUGCAGUCGAAAUUCAUGCAAGGUGUACAAUCAUAUGGCCAACAGCAGCAACCAAUGCAACAACAACAAUCGCAGCAACAACAACAACAACAACCACAACAACAAAAUUCACAACAACAGCAACCGCAACAACAACAAUCACAACCACAACAACAACAAUACUACUCAUCCAAUAUGAUGAUGAAGAGACAAAUGGGAGGGAAAAUUAACCACAAUUCACAACAACCAAUGAGCGCAUACUCCCAAUAUUCCAAUUCAUACGGAGCACAGAGUGGAUAUGGACAACCCAUUGGUCAAUCACAAAUGAUGAAACGUCAAUAUCAGUCAAAACUAGCACAAGCUUACUAUCCUUCACAACAAGGUCAACAACAGCAACAACAACUACAACAAUAUGGAUAUCCACCCAUUAAGCCUCACAUGCAAAUGGAAGGGAUAAAUAUGCAACCUCAACAACUCCCAUAUUUACAACAACCUCAAUAUUACGAUAACAUAGGAUUUGAUGAAAAUCAACAAGACAGUUAUGAGCCUGUUGAUGGGUCAUAUGUAUAUGAUGACAACGACGAAGAAUCGCUUAUGGGUGGUGUUGUGAAACGUGAAUUGAAAUAGAUUGAAAUUAGAUUGAGAAUGGAAG